UGGCUGGUCCCUGCUGUGUGUGGGGUGCUGUCUUUUUCUUGUCUCUCCCCAGCAGGGCACGGGGGUGUGAACCAGCUCGGGGGGGUGUUUGUGAACGGCCGGCCCCUACCCGACGUGGUGAGGCAGCGCAUCGUGGAGCUGGCCCACCAGGGUGUGCGGCCCUGCGACAUCUCCAGGCAGCUUCGGGUCAGCCAUGGCUGUGUCAGCAAAAUCCUGGGCAGGUACUACGAGACUGGCAGCAUCAAGCCUGGUGUGAUCGGUGGCUCUAAGCCCAAAGUGGCAACGCCCAAAGUAGUGGACAAGAUUGCUGAAUACAAGCGACAGAACCCAACCAUGUUUGCCUGGGAGAUCCGUGACCGGCUCCUGGCUGAGGGCAUCUGCGACAACGACACAGUGCCCAGCGUCUCUUCCAUCAACAGGAUCAUCCGGACCAAAGUUCAGCAGCCUUUCCACCCAACGCCAGACGGGACUGGGACAGGAGUGAGUGCCCCCGGCCACACCAUCGUUCCCAGCACGGCCUCCCCUCCUGUUUCCAGCGCCUCCAAUGACCCGGUGGGAUCCUACUCCAUCAAUGGGAUCCUGGGGAUUCCUCGCUCCAAUGGUGAGAAGAGGAAACGUGAUGAAGAUGUGUCCGAGGGCUCAGUCCCCAACGGAGACUCCCAGAGUGGUGUGGACAGUUUGCGGAAGCACUUGAGAGCUGACACCUUCACCCAGCAGCAGCUAGAAGCUUUGGAUCGGGUCUUUGAGCGGCCGUCUUACCCUGAUGUCUUCCAGGCAUCAGAGCACAUCAAGUCCGAACAGGGGAACGAGUACUCCCUCCCAACACUGACCCCUGGGCUCGAUGAAGUCAAGUCGGGUCUGUCUGCAUCCACAAAUCCUGAGCUGGGCAGCAACGUGUCAGGCACACAGACGUACCCCGUCGUGACUGGUCGUGACAUGGCCAGCACCACUCUGCCUGGUUACCCCCCUCAUGUGCCCCCUACUGGCCAGGGAAGCUACCCCACUUCCACCCUGGCAGGCAUGGUUCCUGGCAGCGAGUUCUCCGGCAACCCGUACAGCCACCCCCAGUACACCGCCUACAACGAGGCCUGGAGAUUCAGCAACCCCGCCUUACUAAUGCCGCCCCCCGGGGCUCCGCCCCUGCCGCUGCUGCCGCUGCCUAUGACCGCCACUAGUCACCGCGCGGACCACGUCCGGCUCCAGGCCGACGGCUUCGGCCUGCACAUCGUCCCCGUGUGACCGCCGCCGAGGAGCGCCCCCGCCCGGACCCCGCGCCCCGCGCCCGGCCGGCGGGACCGAUGGGACCGAAGGCGCCACCCUCAGGCCCGGCUGCGCCGCCCCGCGGGGCGCCUCUGUGACACACAAUCAGCGCGGCCGGGCGCGGGGCUGCGCCGCGGGGCCGCAGGGGGCACAGGGACGCGGCCACCGUCCGCAGGCAGGGACCCCGCUGCGCCCUACCUCAGCGUCCUGCCCUCCGGCUCCCCCGCGCCCGCCCCGCUCCCCGGCGCCCGCCCGGCGGGGACUGAGCGAACCGCGGAGGGCUGCGCUGGAGCCCGCCAGGGGUGCGCCCGCGCGGAGCCGGAGAGUCGCGGCUUGCGGGAGGGGACUCAGCUGCACCCCACUUCAAGCACAGCAAGAUCGCGGGCAGGGGCGUUUUUUACGUUACAAAAAAUUAAGAAAGAAAUCUCUAUGCAAAAUGACGAACGUGGUCCCGUGGACCCCGCCCGCCCGUUCCGUUGGCCCUUCCUCUGUAAUUCCGCGGUUUCGCUCUGCUCCCCGCACCCCUCUCCCUGAGCCCCGCGCCUGGCUGCCCGGCCCGGCCGCCGGGAGCCGCGCCCCCGCCCCGUAGUUGCCCUCGGUAGCGGCGAUGCGCCCUGCAUGUCUCCUCACCCGUGGAUCGUGACGACUCGAAAUAACAGAAACAAAGUCAAAGUGAAAAUAAUAAUAAUAAAUAAAAGUCCUUGAGCAAAUCCGAAAA